AUUUCAGAAAUGCUUAUCAGAAGCGGAGUUUGCUUUAUUCUAUCUUUGCAAGUCAAAAUCCAGCAGUGAUAAACUGAUAACAGUGUAAUGGAAAUUGAAAAUAUUUACAAUUUUCUUUACUAAGUGCAAAUAUUCAUUGUAUUUAUUAUAGCACUUGAAGGCUUUUAAAAAUGGAAACAGAUAAUCAAAAUGUUCAAAAAACUCAAUUAUGCAACUAUCUGCCAGAGCGAGUACAUUCUGAAGGAAGACGAAAACUUAUGUCUUGGUUGAAUCAACAAAUGAAAGUCAAUUUAAUAGAUGGCCGCAUUUUAGUAGGAACAUUUGUUUGUACUGAUAAAGAUGCUCAUAUUAUACUUAGUACAUGUUAUGAGUACUUUAAUGAAAAAGAUUUAGAUACUGGGGAAUCUCGACUUUUAGGCUUAGUUAUGAUACCUGGGCGACAUAUUAUUUCAAUUCAUACAGAUGUACAACAAACAAAUGAACAACCUAUAAAUUCAUCAAACUUAGAAGAAAUAUGAUUGUAUUAAAUAAUUGUAGUUAUAAUUGAAUCAUUGUGAAUAUUUUUUCUUCAUUGUUAAUAUUUAAUACAAGUUCUAAAUAAUUUUUUCCAACAAAAUAUUUAGAAAUUUUGAAAUAUAUCUGUAAAAAAAUUACUAUUAAUGUAAAACUUCACAUAUUAUAUUAUAAAUUUAUUAUGCAAAUCUUUUAUUCUAUUAUAGUUAAUGGUAAUACAAUAAUUGCUGUUUAUUCUGAUUACUGGUUUAUAGUAACAACCAUUUAUUGGAAUAAAAAGUUAAAACUUAAACUAAAUAAUUUUUUGUAAUGUUAAACAGAACUAUUAUUAGUAUCUAUCACUAUUUAUUAGAUAAUUGAUUUACUCUUAUGGCUUUACAUUUUCAAAAUCAUGGACAAUUUAUUUUAAUCAUAACAUAAUAUAAUUAAGUUAUUUUAGAUUUAAAAUAAAUUGAUGCAAUUAAUGAUAGUUUCUUAAGUUACUUUACUUUAUUGUAAUUAUAUAUAUUUUUUUAAUUUCCUUUUAUGUAUAAUGUUAUUUGUUUUUAUUAAAUUUGUUAGGAUAGUUAAAAAAAUAUGUUUUGUCAAAUUAACCAUUUACUAGAAUCAAUGUGUAAAGAAAAUUUACAACACAAAUUAAAAUCAUCUAUACUAAAUUUGUAUAUUACCAUUGGAAUUUUUAUAGGUAGAUAUGGGUAGUACCUACCAUAUACCAGUAAAUAUAACGAUAACUUUGGUCUUACAUUAGUAACUUUAAUUAGCUUGGAACUUGGAAGAAAGUAUUAACAAUACUUGGGAUCAGUUCAUUUUCCCGAUAAUAUAAAAUUAUAUAAUAUAUUAUAAAUAAAUUUUUGUCAAAAAUUAUUUAAAAUUUCAAUAUAAUAUUAUAUUAUAUUAGA